AUGGCCCCCUUCCAACCUCAGCACGUCUCUCCCUCUCUGACUCUAUUUCUUUUGGUAGCCGUGGUCGUGUUUUACGGGGCUGGAACUGUGAUUCAACGGCUGUUCUUGGGGCCUUUGGCCCGCUUCCCUGGCCCCCGCCUUGCGGCUCUGACUCGUGCAUGGGCUUUCGUGCAAGCUAUAGGCGGCCGGCAGGUGAAGCAUGUUCACGAAUUGCACAAAAACUAUGGACCGAUUGUUCGGGUGGGCCCGAAUGAUCUAUCCUUGUCGGCACCAGAGGUUAUUCCCAGGCUAUACUCAUUUAAGCCGUUUCUGAAAGAUCCAGUCCUCUAUGACGCAUUGAAUGGAGGGAAACCCGAAGGGCAUCUGGUGUGCCAAACAGAUCCCGAGACUCACGCCAGGCGCCGCAAGCAUAUCGCGACACUUCUUUCGCGAUCUGCGGUGAAGGGAUACGAGAACGAGAACCUGCAUCCAAAGAUCAUCAAGGCAUUGUUGCCUUUCCGAGACGGCGACUUUUACACGGCUGAGCUCACAUUCGGCAAAGUCUUCGGUUGUUUGGAUGCCCCUGGAUUUUCCCAUCCGGUACUUGACGCGUUGGCGAUUGUAUCUGACGCAGUUCCCGUGAUCAACUGGAUACCAUGGCUUAACAGCAUUCCCCGCUCACUUGUCGGUUAUCAACCGCAGAUGGAACCAGUGACAAAGCUCGAGAAGUUCGUGGCUGAUGCGUGGGCAGCCGAAAAAGCUGGUCCGGAGCCAACAGAAGUGGGUCACACCGUUCUGAGCAGACUGGCAUUCCUCCUCCGCAACGACACGCCCAAGUAUCGCGACAAUGUGGCUUUGUCAGAGGCAUUGACGAUGAUCGUGGCUUGUUCCGAGACAACAACAAUGGCAAUGGUGUCGGCGCUGCACGAACUCUCCCUCAACCCGGGAAUUCAAGCUCGUAUCAGAGAAGAGGUUGCGCCUUUAAUGCCAGACGUCACAAAGUUUGAUGAUGUCAUGGAGGCUGCAGUUGUGAAGGAGGUGCUUCGCCUUUAUCCCUCUGUGCCAGGCUUGCUGCCGCGUGUAGUGGGCAAGGAUGGCCUGACAGUACGAAAUCAGUUUAUCCCCCCCGGGACCGUCGUGUCCAUGCAGGCAUGGACAAUUCACCGCGAUAUAGAAGUGUUUCCUGAUCCGAAUACAUUUAACCCUUUCCGGUGGUUAAAUCGAUCGGAGGUCGAGCUGAAAGCGAUGACUGCUCGGUUUUUGCCGUUCUCUGCAGGCGCAAGAUCGUGCGUUGGGGAAGAGUUCGCCAUGGCCCAGAUGUACCUCUUCGUGGGGAUGUUCUGCCGUUUCUGCCAAUUCGCACCUGCGCCUGGCUCAGACAAUGCUAUCGAAGAUAACGGAUUUACCUUGAACUGCCGUCAUCACAAGAUGCUACUGAGCAUCGGAACGGCCCCAGCAGUGAACUGA